GUCUGGUUUGUACAGUAAAAUAACAAAAUACUAGUCUUGACAAUAAUGAUAAUAGUCAGAGAGUGAUUAUUGCAGAGCGGGGCAAGUUUGUGACUAACACAGUAGAGUUAUGUCAGAUGUAAAAGUCUGGAGAAAAAGAUGAGUGGCAACGUUACAGCAUCCGAUUUCUAUAGAGGCUUAUCACAGAAUAUUCGACUGGAUCAUGACGUGGAUAUACAGGAAGCAGAGAAACCAAAAAAAUUUGUGCGCAGUUUUAUGACGCAAUAUGUUCCACAGAAGUGCCAUCCAAUUCUAGAAGAAGUUCUGACGACCACAAGAGUAGCUGUGGAUGUCACAAGAACUAGCAAAAGGAAGGGAAAGUCCUCUAAGGGCAGGCAGAAGAGAUUGUCAUCUAAACAGAGAAAAGCACUAAAGUUGUUUGAUAUUCCAAAAGAACAGCAAAGGUAUGAUAUGUAUAUUCCUCUCCAUCAGCUGUGGCUUGAUUAUAUCAAAGAAUAUAUGCAGACACACCUUGUAAAACAAGAUAUGAAACAAUUUGAAGCAAAACUCCUAAAAGCAGAUCUUCAUGGAUGUAUCUUGACAGUAACAAAGUCAAAGUGCCCGUCAUAUAUAGGUUUGUCAGGUAUUCUACUUCAAGAAACAAGACACCUUUUUAAGAUUGUCACCAAAGAAGAUAAACUUAAAUCAAUUCCAAAAGGUAACUCUGUCUUUACAUAUGAAUUCUGUGGUCAUGUGGUGGACAUUUUUGGCAACCAGUUUAAGCAGAAAUCAAGUCAAAGAUCAGCAAGGAGAUUUAAGACAAAACCAACAAUAGAUUUAUGAGUCUGUUAAAAAAGAAUUUGCAAGAAUUAACUACUGCAUGAAUGUUGAGACAUCAGUGUUAAGCCAUCCGUAUCAAAGAUGUUUUACACUGUGUGUGUUUCCUGCAACUGUCAGUAGAAGUCUUCUUCCGUCGGCUUCUGACACCAAUGAUGCAACAUGCACCAGACUACUAAACAUGAGUAAGAUUUUAUACAUGAUUUUCUAGAUGUAGAUUUCUAGAAUUUUAUUUUAUAUAAUAGCAUCCUGCCUCUUCUGUAUGCCUGGAUUUAAGUUUUGUUACCAGUGAUGAUGUGAAUAAAUGUAUGUAAUGUGAUAACA